ACUGCCUGUAAAAUCAAUGUAGCGAUAGUUCACAGAGCACCGGCGGAUGUAGUGCUGAAAAUAAAAGCAUGAUUUAAAGGAUUUGGCGGAUUGCAGCUCAGUUUCUCCCCUCAGACUGCUGAUCACAGCUCCUGCUGCUUUGCGAAAGAUUGGAUCAACACUGCGUGUUUUUUUUCCUGUCAUUAUAAGAUGUUUUUCCCUAGUAAGAAGCGAGGCAAGGCUUUUAUUUUGUCGGUGAAGCCCCUCGCGGUUCCUGUGCGACCUCCGGCCGAGCUGACACUGCUGCAUUGAAAAUUAGCUGGCCGCAGCCUUUCAGGGACUCCUCUUGCGGACCUCCGGAGACCACAGUGCAAUAAAAAUGGCAGCCGAGCUAUCCACUUCCAUAAACAUCAAGGAGCCCCGCUGGGACCAGAGCACAUUUGUGGGUCGGGCUAAACAUUUCUUCACCGUCACAGAUCCCAGGAACAUUCUCCUGACAAACGAACAACUAGCACACGCGCACAAAAUCAUCACCGAUUACAGGGAAGGUAUAGUCUCUCCAGGGCUGACGGAGGAUGAACUGUGGAGAGCCAAGUAUGUUUUUGACUCAGCUUUCCAUCCCGACACUGGAGAGAAGAUGAUCCUGAUAGGCCGCAUGUCGGCACAGGUUCCAAUGAACAUGACGAUCACUGGAUGCAUGAUGACAUUUUAUAAGACAACUCCUGCUGUGCUGUUCUGGCAGUGGAUCAAUCAGUCUUUCAACGCAAUAGUGAAUUACACCAACAGGAGUGGUGACGCUCCCAUAACCGUCGGUCAGCUUGGCACAGCUUAUGUGUCUGCCACCACGGGGGCAGUUGCCACCGCUCUAGGACUAAAUGCACUAACAAAGCACGUUUCACCGCUGAUCGGACGGUUUGUUCCAUUUGCUGCUGUAGCUGCUGCUAACUGUAUCAACAUCCCGCUGAUGCGACAAAGAGAGCUUCAGCAUGGUAUACCUAUAAUGGAUGAAAAUGACAACAGGUUAGGAGAGUCAUCAAAGGCUGCGCAGCAGGCCAUCUCUCAGGUUGUGGUUUCCAGGAUUCUCAUGGCUUCUCCGGGAAUGGCUAUUCCCCCAUUUUUAAUGAACCAUUUGGAAAAGAAGGCCUUUCUGAGGAGGUUCCCAUGGAUGAAUGCACCUAUUCAAGUCAGCCUGGUGGGAUUCUGCCUCGUGUUUGCCACACCACUCUGUUGUGCUUUAUUCCCUCAGAAAAGCUCUAUGUCAGUCAGCCGCUUGGAGCCGGAGCUGCAGGAGAAAAUCCGUGCCAACCACCCAGGAGUGGAGAGGGUUUACUUCAACAAAGGGCUAUGAGUGUGUGCAACCCCCCCAAUCACCGCCCAACCUCAUCCGAACACUGCCAUAACACAGCUGCAGGCUCGCUCCUCACGUCUCUGCCAGCUCUCCUCAUUCAGUGUGCCAAAGUUAAGUUUUUCUCUCCUCACCUCCACCGAUCCAGAUGGAUAUCUGAGGACUCCCCCUCGCUGUCAGCCUCUUUGUAAUGAGCUGUUCACGUUUGUCAGUGAUUGUAGAUUUUACUGAAACUGCUGAAGAUGUUCUCCAAGCGGGAUUAAAAGUUUGAUGUUUAUCUCGACAGAUGUUUAGUGGCCCAUCGUAAGGUUUUCUUCUGUGCCAUGUUUUUAUUACUUUAAUGUCUGUGACUUGUUGAUCUUAUGUUGCCAUGAAACCACUGUCACAUCUGUCUGCCCGGCGGUUUUUCUUUUUUCUGGUCUUUAUUCUGACUAGUCAGAUCUGAUUACAUUUGCCAAAUCUGUACUUUUUAAACCUCUGUCAAGGAUUUCAACCUCCUGGUGUUCACUUUAACUCACCUGCCAAAUGAGUGAUACUAAACAAGCCUUCUCCAGGGAUACACCCUUUAAAAUGGGAUGUUAUAAUAGGCCAGCACGGUGCUAUUUCAUGUCUGAAUAAUCAGUGUUUAUUGUUCUAUUUAUUCUAAUUGCUAGACACGUGUGAACAAACCACUCUCUGGCUUGUUGAAAAGUAUUCUUCUGCCUCUUUAGUGACACAGAGGCUGUGUUCAGGAACACUGACAAUAAAUGUUAAAUUCAUAUCAAUCAUUUCAGAAAAAACACGCUGGUUCUUACUUCUACCAAGCCCAAUUCUAGUAUGAGAGAUCUAAUAACAACACAAGGUGGCAGAAGUGUUUUUACAUCGUUAUAUGCAUUUAGAGUGUCAGAUAUAGAUGUUAUAGAUGUUAUAGACUUCUCAUGGAUGCUAUUUGUCAACGCCACACCUAAAUGGUUCAUCUCGCUAACACUCUGCCUGCUUUGAAAACUUCAAACAGUAACACAUUUCGAGUCCGGUGAGUUUGAGGAAUGCACAAACUCCCAGCCAAAAAGAUAUCUGAAGCAAAGACCUCCAGCGCCCCCUUUUACUUUAGCUGCACCUCAGUCAUAUCUGCACAUGCCAUGACCAAGUUCAAGCCAAGCGAGCUGAUAAAGCAGGUAGAUUUUCCGCUCUGUACUUUUGUUCUGCAGUCAGGAUUCAGAUAACGCGUGUUUGGACACAGUUGAUUAACCUGUUGUGUCUAAAAGAAUGUGUCUGUAAACUGUUGUAAACUCGCUUUCGGUGCCAGGCCAAGCGCAUCACCGGACAUUUUUAAAAUCACGAGUGGGAGAAAAAAAAAGAACAAAGAUUAACUCAAAGCAACAAAACUCACACCUUUAACCCAACUCAAAUGUGUUUCUGGAACCCAGCGUGCAUUCAACAAAAAUUAAAUGCUUUUGAAAUAUUUACAGACUCCUUCCCAUAUGAUGUAAUUUUUUGUGAGGUGUUUUUAAAUGUUUAAACUCUGUAAUCUCUUUGAAUUUAUCGCUGUAAAAUUACAAUUCUAGAUUUUCAGUGUUUUCAGAGAGACGCCCUGGAGCUCUCUCCAGUUUAUUGAAGUGAAAUUUGUUAUUCUCGUGUUCAUGGUGACUGAAUGUAGCACUUUCCAAUUCCAGCUGUUUGCGGUGUGUCUAGAAAAGCACAAUGUUGUAGCAGAUUUCCAAAUGCUGCACAUUUUUAGAACCACACCGAUUUCAGUCCGUGCUUGAUCAGUUAACUCUAACAAUUAAGAAAAUUCAAUUUACCAAAUCAAAUGAAAUUUCAACACAGCCAAAGCGAGACGAAUCAACUCGAGAGGAAGUCAUUUAUAGCUCGCAUUAAUAAUUUUUAAAAUACUGUGACAAAGAAUGUUUUCUGAUUGUUUUGCAGUACACUGGGGUGAUGUAAUGUUUUGACUAACCAGAUGAAAUAAACUUGAUAAAAUCCCACAGCGAGGGUCGUUGUUGAUC